AUGGGUCCCCAGGGCCCUCAGGCGGCCAGCGGGGACGCAGCACAGGCCGUUGGUUGGGAGGGCGGGGGAGGGGGGGGUGUCUCGCAGCUAGGGUGUCCGGAGCUCAGCCGGAACCUUAGGGUGCAGGGAGGCGUGGGAGGGGAGGGGCCCUGCAGCCCCAGCGACCUAACUUGCAUGGUGCUUAGUCGAGGACUCCUGUGGCCUGGCUCCUGCUGCCAGCUCACUACAGCUGGCACUGCAUGGCAGAUCCUACCUGGCUCUCUCUCCCAGCCCCCCCACGACGCCCCCCCCCUUCAAAAAAAAGAUACAAAAAAAUACCUUUAA